UGGAGCGGAAAGAACGAAAAGAACGAAAUGGAAAAAACGCGCGCGGUCACGAGGGAACUUCCGACGUCGUAUUUCAACCCUCGUCGCUCGCACACACACAACGGACGACGAUCUCUCAAGCGCUCAUCCCCUGUCGACGCAGUCCAAAUUCGCAGCUAUGUCCACCUUCAAGCAAGCCAGCAAGAUCAUCCCUCUCUUCGACCGCGUGCUCAUCCAGCGGAUCAAGGCUCCUGAGCGCACAGCUUCUGGCCUCUUCAUCCCCGAGAAAGCACAAGAAACCCUCAACGAAGGCAUCGUCGUCGCGGUCGGGCCCGGCGCACCCGCAAAGGACUCUUCGUCCGUAAGACCGAUGAGCAUCAAGGAGGGCGAGCGUGUACUGCUGCCGCCGUAUGGGGGAAACCAGGUUAAGGUUGGGGAGAAGGAGAUGUUUUUGUAUAGGGAGGAGGAGAUUCUGGGCAAGUUGGAGUAAAGCGGUGCACCGCAAAACCGCGAGGGAGUCGAUACUUCUCCCUGCCCGACGCUAUCCGCCAAACCACCACCACCACCUCCACCACCACACUUUAUUUACGCACCGGCCCGAUACGUGAGCUCGGUGUUCACGUUUACGUAGGCCCAAGAGGCACGCAGGAUCUCAAGAUUAGAUAGGCUUAGAACCCCCUUGCCUCCAUAUAUAAAACAUCGCACCCAUCCCACCAUAUUUCUGCAUAGUUGUACAAAGCUUCUCGAAAAAUCCAUGUUCUCAUCAUAUUCAUUAUAACGCAC